CAUGAGCUUCAUUUCCUUGUGCGGACUGAGCUUCAAGUCGAAACGUGAAAUGGGAACCCAGAUGAAGAUGGUUUAAACCUGAGUUUAAUAGAAUGUCUUCAGAGAGAUGAAGAAAUAGCAAUGGCAUGUUAGCAAUGAUGCUAACAGAUAACUACUGGAGAGAAGAUCAGCUGCGACACGACUCUCUCUAGACAUCUUUUGAUGUUCUUUCAGGUUCAGCAGAGAGAACAAAACAUGGAGGAGAUAAAGACUGAGCCUGUGGAUUUCGUGAAAGAGUUUCAAGAAUACCUAACCCAGCAAACUCAACAUGUCAACAUGAUCUCGGGCUCUGUUUGUGUUGAAAAGGAGACAACGGAGCACUUUCAAGCCGUUGCCCCCAGAUGUGAGCAGAAUGUCCUGCACCCUCCUUCUGUGGAGGUGAGCCUGCCUGUGGAGGAUGGAUCAGAUAUACAAGUGGAGGGUCUGGAGAGAACCUGCGAUGGGAAAUACAAGUGUAGCUACUGCAACUAUGCUAACAAGGGCAUGGCUCGUUUAAUAGAGCACAUCCGCAUCCACACAGGCGAAAAACCGCACCGCUGCCAGCUGUGCCCAUUUGCUUCUGCAUACGAGCGCCACUUGGAAGCACACAUGCGCUCCCACACAGGAGAGAAGCCAUACAAGUGUGACCUCUGCGCCUUCCGAUGCAGCGACCGCAGCAACCUAUCACACCACCGCCGCCGCCGCCACAAGCUCCUGCCCACCAGGGCGGUCCGUUCAUCUUUCUCCAACAAAAGGAUGCUGAGCGCUUUGCAAAAGAGGACAGGGUCGCUGGGCUUCGGCCGCCGGCUUCUGAUCAACCUUAACCCUCCGUCAGUUGUCAUGCCCAGGUCUGACUAUUUUAACGAAUUUUCACACAAAAUCCACCAGUUGAACAGCAGCGAAUACAAAACCCCUCCUAAGGUAGACAAGAACGAGAGCCAAAACAGAAGUGAAAAUGGUUUUAGAAACUCACUGGAUCAGCUUUCCACUUAUGCAGGUCAGUUGACCAACCCUCACCCUGAGUCUCAAAGUCCUGUGUCCCCAGACAGGCAGUCCUUAGAAGAUGAGAAACCGAUCCUUGUGGGACAGGUUGCAGUGUGCUCCAACGGCGUGCAAACAUCUCCACCCAAAGAGGAGUCUUCCACCUCAGGUCACAAAAGCUGCAGUCCUGGGUCUGGCUGUGGCAUGGAGACAAACAUCAACACUUUCAGUGGAAGUGUUAGCAACAGCCAGGCGAGCACACCAGCUCCUGCUGCAAAUGCUCCAAAUGAAGAAGACCAAAACUUCUUACACAGAUGCCAGCAUUGUGAUAUUCACUUUUCUGAUAACAUAAUAUAUACCAUUCACAUGGGCUGCCAUGGCUAUGAACAUCCAUUCCAGUGCAACAUCUGUGGUCAUAUGUGCAUGGACAAAUACAAUUUUGCAUGCCAUUUUGCCCGUGGACAACAUAAGUGAUAUAAGUACUCAGGCAUCUAAAUUGGAAAAAAAUAACGAUUUCUUCCUGAACUAUUUAUCCCUUGAGCUUAUGAUUUGUCACAUUAAAACCACAAACCUCAAUGCAUUUCUUUUUUUAUGAGAUAAACCAACACAAUGUGGUGCAUCAGUCUGAAGUGGAAGGCAAAUAGUACAUUGUUUAAACCCCGUUUUAUUUGAUACAACUAAACAAACUGCAGUGCAACCAAUUACCUUCAGUGGAUAGACAGCACUGUUGAUUCUGUUAGCCGAAAAUGGAAAGAGUACGGCACAACUGUCCACCUACACUGACAGGCCAAGUAGCUCUGGAGGAGCUGCAGGCAUAUACAGCUCAGGUUGAAAUGACAACGAUUAUAAUGCAAAACACACCUAUCCAAUAGUGAAACAUGGUGGUGGUAGAUAAUGCUAUGGGGAGGCUUUUCUUCAGCAGGAACAGAGAAAAUUGGUGAUAGUUGAUGGGAAGAUGGAUUAAGCUAAAUAGCUGGCAAUUUGUUAGAGGGCGCAGAUGACUUGAAUCUGCAGCAGAGGUUUACCUUCCAGCAAGACAAUGACCCUAAACAUACAGUCAGAGCUAAAAGGUUUACAUCAGAGCAUAUUUAUGUAUUAGAAUGGCCUAGUCAACUUCCAGACAUAACUUCAAUUGAGAAUCUGUGGAAAGACUGAUGUUGACAGAUGUUUUCAAUCCAGUCUGACUGAGCUUGAGCUGUUUUGCAAAGAUUGGUUUAAAAAUAAAAAAAGUCAGUUAGCAGAUGUGCAAAGCUGGCAGAGCCCAAAUGUAAAGGACCUGCAGCUAUAAGUGCAGCAACAGAUGGUUCUCAGUGUAAAGACUCAGGGGGAGGGUGAAUGAAAAUGUCACAUUUUUCAGAUUAAUUAUUUUAAAAAGUCAAAAAACAUGUUAUUUUUCUUCCACUUCACAUUUAUGGAUUGUUGUGUUGAUCUGUCACAUAAAAAAAACUAACUUCAAUACUUUGAAGUUUGCAGUUGCAGUGUCAAAAGGUCCAAGGAGUAUGGAUAGAUAAGCAAGGCACUGCAGGGUGUUAAAGCAAAGCAAAACUUGUUCAUCCAACUCUGAAAGUUUCUGGUCUGUGCAUAUUAUGUUAGCAAUAAGCAUACAGGGUCAUUAUAAAGCACAUGGUACUCAUUUGUGGUCCUGGUUUAAAGACUCAGGAUCUGUAACGUUACAUUACUCAGGAGACUUUUCAAAGGACCUGUCGGCUUUCACAGUAAAACCUAGAAGUGAGCUCUUUUAAGCACUAAGAAAUACACUGUCUGGCCAAAAAGCAGCCACCACCAAAAAAGGUCACACUAAUAUUUUGUUGGACUGCCUUUAGCUUUGAUUACGGCAUGCAUUCACUGUGGCAUUGUUUCGAUAAGCUUCUGCAAUGUCACAAGAUUUAUUUCCACCCAGUGUUGCAUUAAUUUUUCACCA